AUGGCGAAAACGGUACGAAAGCGCGUUUCCCGGGCGUCAUCUAGCAAUAGCUGGAAAGUUGACCACAAUAAAACCAAUAAUAACGAUAGAAAUGACAACAACAAGACCAACGCUGUAGAAAGCGAUAUUCCAGCAAUACAACAAUUUCAGGACUUGAUAGAUAUGCAAAAGAACGAGUUUGAAAGCGCCAGGGUCGGCUUGACACAGCAGAAUGUGCAACUAGCGCGGUCCAACAGCGGCUUGAUGGUCAGGAUCCGAGAGAUGGACAAAUCUGUGAGUGAGCUUAUUCAGGAAAAUGUGGUGCUACGAUCAAAAUUGUCUGUGAAGGAACAGCAGUUCAAGGUGCGACUUACAGAAACUAUACAAACCUUAGAGAGAGGGGUCUUUCAGCGUUUUGACGAAAUGCUCCACAUGUUUGCAUCCACGCGCAGACGUGAAGGUCUGGGGGUGCCGUCCGACUCGCUUUCUCAUCGAUCUACACUGCUCAAUGAGCCUCGAUCUAUUCUGAAGAGAAAUAAGGCAUCUCAAAAUGGUCAUAACUCAGCCGUUCCGAGGUCAUCAACCACAACAAUUGCAUUUAAUGAAAGCCAUAACCAGGUUUUCUCACCAGAGCCAUCAUCCCCGAACCCUUCUACCCAGCAUUCUACAGAAAUCGCCAUUAGUCCGCCCUCGAAGAAACGGCGUAAAAGCUCCAGAAGAGAGUCUCUUUUCCAUCCUUCAGACUUCGAGUUUUCGGAAAACCCUGAUAACGAUGAAGGUUAUUCCCCAUCCAAAGGCCCCACGGUGGCGAUAGACUCGCUUGAAGCGCUGCCGACCGCACAGCCAGAUGAUCCGCAACCUGAAGGUACUGAAGAAACCAUGGAAAGCUUUGAAGCGCCCCCGAUGCCGUCUCAGGAUCCUGGGGAAGAUUCUUGCAACUUUACGAACUCUCUUAUCGAAUACUCAAUACCCGAAGAAAUUGCCGAAAAAAUCAUUGAAACUUCUGUUGCAUCUGAUACUUCUGCCAAGAUCCAGGUAUACCAUGAUAAUUCACGAAGCGCACAAUUUGAUAGCUCACAACUUCUACCUGGUCCAAUUACGAGUAAUUUCCGCAGAGACCAUGUGCAAGCCAUCGAUGUGCAACCGACAUCGUUUGUACAGAAUGCUACGUCGUCGCAAAAGAAGGUCAAACAUUCCAUGAAAUCUCGCGGCGCGCAGAAGAAAAUGAUUGACGAAGUUAUGCCCACUACUUGCGGUUCUACAAAUGAGCUCUCUGAUACUGCUAGGUCUAGAAGAACUCGUGGUAAAGCCAUAAAUUAUGCAUUACCUUCUUUGAGAGCUAAGAUGAGAAGGCCCACAGAAAAAUUGGUUGACGCAACCACCGUAACAAAUAUCCGUGAUCUGCAGGUAGAGACUGGUCGUCGAAAAUCAGGUUCAAGGUCGAGGGACGGUACUCCAUACACCGAUGACGAGGUAAGGAUUGAUUCUGUUACGUUCACAAAUGAGGAGGAGGGCUCCGAGCUCCUAAAACCCCCUUUGAGCGGGAACUCGCCCCCAAAAUCAAUUGAAAAACCAGCUAAAAUAAAGGUUUUAAAGCCCCUGAGUAAUACCAAUUCUCCUAAUAUACCCAACAUAAACCCAUUAAAGGACAUCACUAAUAAUGCACCCGCUAAGUCAUCCAUGAAGACAAAAAAGCUUUUCAAAAAAGCUAUUGUUGGGGACUUGGGUAGCGAAAAUUCCUACAGCUUUGACGAAAGUUCCGGUAACCACAGUACAAGUUUUAGAGUGAAUGAAGAAGAUCUUUCGGUCUUUGAUUUACUUAACGACCUCAAGGCCAAUAGCGCACCCAAGACGCAUAGAGCGAGAGCAAGACAAGAGGCCGAGAAGCGUGGACGAAAGCCAGCGUUUAGAUUGUAG